UUUUAACUUUUUCUUACGGGAAUGGAAAACUCUUCGGAUAGGAAAAACCUGUGUAUGCGCUAAAACAAAAGUUUAACUUUGUGGACAAACGGGACCUUUUGGAGGUAAAAGUAGUUCCGUCGGGGGUCAUGACACCGGACGUCACCCUCCGGCGCGCAGUUCAGUUUGGCGGUUUAGAUCUGCAGCUGGACUGGGGCGGGAUGUGGUCCCGAAUGAACCGAGCUGCUGAGGAGUUUUACGCUCGUCUUUUGCAGGAAUUCAAUGAAGAAAAAGGAAUCUGUAAAGACCCAUUUAUCUUUGAGGCUGAUGUCCAAGUGCAAUUGAUUGGCAAAGGGCAACCAAACCCUUUGAAAAAUGUUCUAAAUGGAAAUGACAUAGUAUUCAUUGUGGAGAAAGUGACUUUAGAAAAGGAAGAAACAAGUCAUGUUGAAGAACUACAAUCUGAAGAAACUGCUAUUUCUGAUUUCUCUACUGGUGAGAAUGGUGGACCACUUGCUUUACCAGUUGGGAGAGCAAGGCAGUUAAUUGGACUUUACACUAUGGCUCACAAUCCUAAUAUGACCCAUUUGAAGAUUAUUCGGCCAGUUACUCCCCUUCCUCCUCUUUGGGUGAGGUGUGACAGUUCAGAUCCUGAAGGUACCUGUUGGCUGGGAGCUGAGCUUAUCACAACAAAUAGCAGCAUUACAGGAAUUGUCUUAUAUAUGGUCAGUUGUAAAGCUGAUAAAAAUUAUUCUGUAAAUCUUGAAGACUUGAAAAAUUCACAUAAGAAAAGACAUCACUUGUCUACUGUCACAUCCAGGGGCUUUGCGCAGUAUGAGCUCUUUAAGUCCACUGCCCUGGACGACGCGGUCGCUGCAUCACAAACCUCCAUCACGCUGGAUAUCGCCUGGAGUCCUGUGCAUGAGAUUCUUCAAGUCCCUCCGCUUUCUUCAACUGCAGCUCUGAAUAUUAAAGUGGAAUCGGGAGAACCCAGAGGUCCUUUGAAUCAUCUUCACAGAGAACUGAAAUUUCUCAUUGUCUUGGCUGACGGUUUGAGGACUGGUGUAACUGAGUGGCCUGAGCCUCUGGAAGCAAAAUCCGCUGUUGAACUUGUGCAGGAGUUUCUGAAUGACUUAAAUAAACUGGAUGGAUUUGGUGAUUCUACAAAAAAAGACACAGAGACAGUGAAGCAUGACAGUGCAGCCGUUGAUCGUUCCAUUGAGUGUCUUUUCACAGUGCGGGGUGAUCUCGAUUUUGCUGAGCAGCUGUGGUUCAAAAUGAGCAGCAGUGUGAUUUCAUAUCAAGACCUGGUGAAGUGUUUCACAUUGAUCAUCGAGAAUCUGCAGCGUGGCGAGAUACAGCCGUGGCUCCAUAGUGGGAGUAACAGUUUAUUAAGUAAGCUCAUUCAUCAGUCUUAUCAUGGAACCAUGGACACAGUUUCUCUCAGUGGGACUAUUCCAGUUCAGAUGCUUUUGGAAAUUGGUUUGGACAAACUAAAGAAAGAUUAUAUCAGUUUCUUCAUAGGUCAGGAACUUGCAUCUUUGAAUCAUUUGGAAUAUUUCAUUUCUCCGUCAGUGGAUAUACAAGAACAGGUUUAUCGUGUUCAAAAACUCCACCAUAUUCUAGAAAUAGUAGUCAGUUGCAUGCUUUUCAUUAAACCUCAACAUGAGCUCCUCUUUUCUUUAACACAAUCCUGCAUAAAAUAUUACAAACAAAAUCCUCUUGAUGAGCAACACAUUUUUCAGCUGCCAGUCAGACCAACUGCUGUAAAAAACUUGUAUCAAAAUGAGAAACCACAGAAGUGGAAAGUGGAAAUAAAUAGUGGUCAGAAAAAAGUGAAAACAAUUUGGCAACUGAGUGACAGUCCACCUGUAGACCAUCUGAAUUUCCACAAACCUGAUUUUCCUGAAUUAACAUUAAAUGGUAGCCUGGAAGAAAGGGUAUCCUUUACUAACACGGUUACCUGCAGCCAGGUGCAUUUCAAGUGAAGUGUGCUGAUGGAGUCUUCUGUAAGUAGGAGAGUUUGAUUUCAAAAACAUUGAUGGAAGAGAAAAACCCUGAAAAGACAUACUCAUUUGACAUUGAAAGAUGAGUUUUGUUCACAAUAGUUUUACCCCAGCCCAACUGUAGCACUAAGGCCCAAAAGCAGAUGCCCUUUGUUAAAUGUUUAAUUUGAGAUGGUAUUGAUCAAAAGAAUUUAUAUUUAGUAGCAUUUUCUACUAGCUUACUGUUUUUGUGUUUCAAAAAUAACAUUCAGUAGAAUCAGAUAAUGAAUAAAAUAACUAAUAUCAUUUUUUCUUAAGCUGUAUUCUGUCCCCAAAUAAAUGGAGAUUAGUUAAAUCUGGCAUAGUUAAGAAUACAAUAGACCUUUAUUUGAAAAAAACAGAAUCAUCUAGUUAUGGAGAAGAUACAUAAAUUAGAUAUGUUUCCCUGAGGUAUUUCAGUAAAGUGAAGUAAAUUUAAUGUAAGAAAGUUUUUCUUAGAAAAGCAUGUCACUUAACUUGGUACGCACCUAACAGCUUUUGCUUGGUUGCCUGAUGGGAUUUAUAACCCAAAAGGGUUAUCUAUAAAGGACUACUGUCCAUCAUAUGUAAGACCGUGCUGAGAUGGCAGUCAUGUCUACAUUAAUGUAGAAAUUUUAAAAGGAAAAAAAUCAAGUAACAAAGCAGUUUGUGCCCUAUGAUUCUUUUCUUGCAAAAUGAAAAUGGAUGUAAUACACAGCAAAAUAUUAACAUUGAUUUGACAGGUGACUUGUUCGUUUAUGCUUAUUUUUAUUUCCUAAUUUUUAAAUCCUAGCCCGAACCCAAAACAAAACAAAACCAAAACCCAGUAAUUAUCACAGAGCCUGAAAACAGAAAUGUAUAUAAACCUUCAAAACAGAAAGAGAAGGAAGAUCCUGAAGAUGUCCUAUGAGAGAAGAAUCUGCGAAAUGGGUCACCUCGUCUCAGGCCUGGCUCCGCAGGAGAAGCGUCAGGAGGACUGCAGCGAUGAGCACACAGAGGGUGCCGACUGUCGGUACCACGAUCUCCGUCACCAUCUGCACGUGACUGAGUAGAGGCUCUGAAUGGGAGAGAACCACCCCACACGUGAGAAUGACUCCAUCUUCAUGAAUACAGCCUCAUCCUGAAAGCCUUAACUGUACUUGAAAAAGGGAAAAUGGCAUCAUCAAAGCGCUCCAGUUAAUCUCCUUUGCUAUGAAAGAGAGCCUAGUGAAUUAAAUAUAAAAAAUUAUGUGAGGGCUUUGUAGAAUAUUUCAGGAAAUACAGGAUAAAGAAUGCCUAGAUUUGCUGCUUCCAUGGGCACUGCAGUAAACUCUAGCUGUCUGUCAGCACCUGUGCUUAUUACCAUGCAUUAAUCUGAGAAUAUUAGCCACCAUAUCCCAUGGUUUCUAUAAUUUUCACUGGGCAAUUUGUGAAAGAAAAAGCCUUGGGAAACAUUUCCAACCUUUCAGAGAUGUUAUUGUGUAUCUUAGGUAUAAGAAUUUCUGUAUUGAAGUUUUGUAUGGUAAUUCUUAUAUAGUUAAUCAUCUUGAAGAUUUAAAUGAUAAGCAUAUUUUAUGUACAUGAAUAUAGUAGUGGACAUUGUUGUAAUACCUGCUUUUAGGUUUUGUGUCAGGUAUUCUGGUUACUGAGAUAAAUAAAUAAGGGAUAGGCCCUGCCCUUGGAAUUCAUAGACUCACAGUAAAUUUUACAUCAUGUCUCUAAUGUGAUAAAAUAAAGGUUUAUUAUAGUUUAUUGGCAUAUU